UUGGGGACUCCCUUGGGUCCCUGGAGAUCAAUAUGAGGGGUCGAGGGCUUUCCUGGGGGGAGGGCUGCCCAGGUGGGCCCACAUUGGGGGCCACCAGCCAAGUUCCAAGGGCAGGGGCUUUGGGGUUAACAGCAUCAAGAGAGGGAGACCCAACCAACUGGGGGUCCCCUGGCCCCCACCCUUUUCCAGACCCCUCCACUGAGCAAGCCUUCCCAUGGCGGACGCCAGCGAAGACCCCACCGUAUUCACUGCCCACUCUCUGCCCAGUGACCCCCGGCUCUGGGCCACCGUGACCAACGCGUACUUGGGCACACGCGUCUAUCAUGAUACGCUGCACGUGAAUGGCGUGUACAACGGGGCCUUGGGGGACACGCACCGAGCCAUCCUGCCCAGUCCCCUCAGCGUCCGGCUGGAGGCCCCCGCGGGCACCGGAGAGCAGCUGACCACGACCUUCGUCCUGGACACCAACACAGGUAGCCACUGCCUGCCCCCCCCACCCCGGCCGUGUUCCAGGUUUGGGGGGCCCAUGCAGUCCUACCCUGGCAUCUCCCAACUCAGGGUGCCCGACUCAGAGAAAGGAGCCCCGGAGGCGGCCUUCUCCUCCCUGCUCAGCGCCCUGCCCGAGCCCGGGGCCCCAGGAUACGUCUGCCACGGACUCAGCCCCGGGGGCCUCUCCAAUGGGAGCUGCGAGGAAUGCUACUGGGGCCACGUGUUCUGGGACCAGGACCUCUGGAUGUUCCCCAAUGUCCUCCUGCUCCAGCCCCAGGCCGCCAGGGCUCUCCUGCAGUACCGCGUCCAGACGCUGGGCGGGGCCCUGGACAACGCCCGGAACCUGGGCUACCAGGGAGCCAAGUUUGCCUGGGAGAGCGCGGCUUCCGGCCUGGAGGUCUGCCCCGAGGACAUCUACGGGACCCAGGAGAUCCACGUCAACGGGGCCGUGGCGCUGGCCUUCCAGCUGUACUACCACAGCACCCAGGACCUGCAGCUCUUCCAGGAGGCUGGCGGCUGGGAUGUGGUCAGCGCCGUGGCUGAGUUUUGGUGCAGCCGUGUGGAGUGGAGCCCUGCAGAGGAGGAGUUCCACCUGAAGGGAGUCAUGCCCCCUGACGAAUACCAUUCCGGGGUCAACAACUCCGUGUACACCAACGUGCUGGCCCAGAACAGGUCAGACCCAAGACCCCAGCCCACCCCGCCCGUCCCCAGCCGGUGGGUGGCCGUGGCUGAUAAGAUCAAGGUGCCCUUUGACCCGAAGCACAACUUCCACCCCGAGUUUGAUGGAUAUGAGCCUGGAGAGGAGGUGAAGCAGGCAGAUGUUGUGCUCCUGGGGUACCCCGUCCCCUUCUCCCUGAGCCCUCAAGUUCGCAGGAAAAACCUGGAAAUGUACGAGGCUGUGACGUCGCCCCAGGGCCCGGCCAUGCGGCUGACUGCCCCGCCCCUGCAGGUGUGGACGGAGAACGCCGACGGGUCCGGCGCCGUGAACUUCCUGACGGGCAUGGGGGGCUUCCUGCAGGCGGCGCUCUUCGGGUUCACAGGGUUCCGGAUCACCCCAGCCGGCGUGACCUUUGACCCCAUGUGUCCGGCGGGGGUCUCUGGCGUGUGUGUCUCUGGCGUCUCCUACCAGGGGAGCAAGCUUGACUUCCCCCCUGGCCUGCCCUCCCUCCCAUGCCGUGGACCUCACCCCAGCGUGCCCUCUGCCCUCUGCCCCCAGAGCAUGUUUGCCGUGGGCUGGAUGGAGCUGAAGGACGCCAGGCGGGCACGGGACCUGCUGGACAGGAGCUUUGCCAACAUCACCGAGCCCUUCAAGCCGUCGCAAACCCGGCUCCCCCUGCGCCCAGGACACAAGGUCUCCUUUCCCCGCUCUGCUGGCCGGAUACAAAGGUCACCCUUGUAGGAGCCGAGGCAGCAAGUUCUGCUCCCAGAAUGUCCUGGGAGAAACUGUUGGAGACACUGGAGCCCACGGCACCCCCCUGGACACCUGUGGGCCCCCCAGCCCCGGCGCCCCUCACCUGGUGCCGUCCUGGCUUUAGGGACCUCUCGGGUCCUCCCUCGGGCACUCCGUGGGCGGCUGGCAGCACCGCUCCUCCUGGUCGCCCUCCUGGCCUGCCGUCUGCCUCCACCCUCCUCCACCUGGCAGCCAGGCUCACGGGCUCCAGGAAAGGUCUGGAUUCUUUGGCCUGAAGUUCAAGGCUGCCUCUCGCCCGACCCCUUCCCUGCCUAACCCGUACCCAUUGCCUCCCUCACCGGCAUGCCUGCUCCUGCCCCCAGGCUGACCCUGCACCUGCCGUGCCCGAGUCACUU